AUGCGGCCGACACCCCAGCCCAUUGCUGGUGCUUCUGGCAUGACUGCUGCACCGCCCCCAGCAGCUGGUGCAGUGGGACUGGGGACGAGAACACAGCUGAACAAGUUCAGUCAGAUGGUGCUGGCAGCCCUGUCAGCGUCCCGCCGAUUCCACCGGCGAGCACAGAAAACGACGGGACAGGGAAGGCAUCGACGAAGUGUCAGGACACCAGUUGUCUUCCGACAUCAUUUGCAGCCAAACAACCGGCAUAAUUUACAACAACAUCAGUCACCAACAAUGACAAGGGAACAACGACCACCGCCGACAGCGACAGCAGCACCGCGGUCUUCCACACCACCUCCCAUCUUUUGCGUCUUAUUGUCACGUAUGCGUGCUGCUGCGGUGGUGCCGGGCCAGCAUGUAGUUGUGUGCGCUGAAUAUGAACGAAGACCAAAGGCAACUGAAUUAUUCCUGUGA